AUGAUUGAUCUGGCGAGUGCUUUUCAUCAGAGUCCAGUCGCCCUUGCGGACAUCCCUGAAACCGCCGUCACCACACCCUUCGGUCUAUUUGAGUUCGUCCGCAUGCUGUUUGGUCUUCGUAAUGCCGCUCAAAAGUUCAAAAGGUUCAUUAACCAUGUCUUACGUGGCCUACCCUUUGUGUACGCCUACAUUGAUGACCUCUUGAUGGCCAGCCGGAAUGAAGAAGAACACAAAGAACACCUUUCCUUGGUGUUUGACCGCCUUGACAAGUUUGGCGUUGUCAUCAACCCCUCCAAGUGCGUGAUGGGUGUGCCUUCGCUGGAGUUCCUUGGCGAUAAGGUCGAGUCUGAAGGUUUGCGUCCCCUCCCCUCCAAGGUUGAAGCAGUUCGUAAUUUUCCUCCUCCAACUUCCAAGCGUCAGUUACAGCGAUUCCUCGGCAUGGUCAAUUUUUACUGUCGGUUCCUACCAAACUCUGCUGACCUCAUGCUGCCGCUCACCAACAUGCUUUCUUGUCCCAAAGGUCCCCUCGAGCUAACUGGUGAAGCACUGACAGCUUUUGAGAGAAGCACGAAUUCCCUUGCUGAUGCUACCUUACUCACACAUCCCGCUCCCGAAGCUCAGCUGUCUCUGAUGGUAGAUGAUUCGACCGUAGCCGUAAGUGCAGUCCUUCAACAACGCAUUGCUGGUUCGACUCGACCACUUGGCUUUUUCUCCAAAAAGCUCUUACCAGCUGAGACACGCUACAGUACCUUUGGCCGUGAAGUACUUGCCACUUACCUGACUGUGAAGCAUUUCCGGCAUUUCCUUAAUACUCAGUCGUGCAACCCAAAUUUAUGA